GAUUUUUUGCAGCUGAGCCAGACGAUGAUGAUGAGAAUUUCGGCGGUCGAAUCGUCCAUUCAUUGUUCACUGAUGGGAUUUUCGAAGAUCCGUCAGCUCAAAAGCAACUUGAAAAUUUAACUUCUGAAAUUGAAUCUCAGAUGGUGACAACUAGAUUUGGUCUUCAUCCUGAAGCAGAUAUCGCUCCCAUCCCGACAUCUAGUCAUGAAGACCUAAUGCCAACUGGUGGUGGUGAUUCUAUUGUCAGCAAACCGUUGGACGCAUUCCUGACUACUACGACAUCAGAGACAACAAUGACGUCAGGCACUACUGUGUAUAUUCCUUCAACUACAGCGCCAACAGACACAACAACACCUGCAUCGAAAUUGGUCUCGGGACAACUACAAUGACAGAGAGUACAACACUUAUUGGCAGUGAAUCUGAGACUUUUGCGUUACCGCC